UUACUCACUGUUUUUGUUUCUAGUUUCAGCAACAAUUCAUCAACAAUAAUAGCUCAACACUCCAUCAGAGACUAACAAAUACAGAGACGCACAAACCCAGAAAUAGACAACACAGGUGAAAUGACCAGGUCUGGAUUAACAUUAUCACUGGUACUUCCUCUAUAAGUGCCAUUAGCCUCCUCCCGCCCCCAAACCACACAUACACACAUACACACAGUCACUUCUAGCCCGAGAACAAAGCACAGACUUAGACAGCACUCCGGACUGAUCUGAUUUAAAUUAAGGUCGAUUUCUAAACGAUGUUCAAUGAAGGAUCAAGAUUAGUGAUGAGUGCAGAAUGGAGAUGAGUCAGGAAGUAUACACAAACGUGGGAGUUACUGCAUAUGACACAACUCACUCAGAUAAUGGCAUUUAUGAGAACGAGCUGAAACUGAAGACUCGCUGGAAAAGAAACAACCAGGAUCCUGCGAACUCAGGACUCAACGCUGCAUGGAGCAGGUGCUACAGAGUGACUGCAGUGUGUGUGGUGCUGCUGUGUGUUCUCCUGCUGAUUGCCGUCACAGUGCUGUGGAUCAAAUUCAACACGCUGAAUACAGAAAACAACCAGCUACAGACCAGAUACGACACCCUGACUAUAGAGAGAGACCAGCUACAGACCAGAUACAACAACCUGACUGUAGAGAGAGACCAGUUACAGACCAGUUACAACAACCUGACUAUAGAGAGAGACCAGUUACAGCGGGAGAGAUCUGGACUGCACAGUGCACUUUCUAAACUUGGAUGGAGAUUUUUCAGCUCGAGCCUUUAUUACAUUUCUACUGAAAAGAAGUACUGGGAUGAGAGCAGAAAGUACUGCACAGACAGAGGAGCAGACCUGGUGAUCAUAAACAGCACAGAGGAACAGGAGUUCAUCAGUAAUUAUACUGGCGGUACUGAAGCUUGGAUUGGUCUGACUGACAGAGAGACAGAGGGGGAAUUUAAAUGGGUGGACGGUAAACCACUGACCACUGAGUUCUGGUGGAUAGGGGAACCCAGUGAUUACAACAAUGAGGACUGUGUUAUAACAGGCUAUAAAAGGGCUAAAUCUAACAUAUCGACCUGGAAUGAUUAUCCCUGUAACUUCCCUGUAGUCGGGAUUUGUGAGAUGAAAAUAUUUAACUGAGCAGAACAGAAAGAAAGUGGAGUUUCAUGCUUAUGCUGGGUUAAAUCUGAAUUUGAAUGCUGAAUAUUUUAUGUAAUCUAAUAUUUGAUACAUCAGCUGUAUAUAUGCCCGCUUUCCUUUUACAGUGAGACACAGUGGUCUUUACAGCGAGAUUUCCCAGUUUCAAUAAUAAUAAUAAUAAUAAUAAUAAUAAUGCAUUUAAGUGGUGAAAGUAUAUUUUGAAGGAAUGCCAUCACCUUUUGGGGAAGUGGGACGGGUAGUUUGAAUUUGUGAGCAGCUGUUUGAAUUUUGUUUAUUUGUUUUUUUGAAUUUUGUUUUUUGUCUAACGGUACAGUAAGCUACUGCCACGAAGCUGAAAAUCUCAUUGAAAUGUGAGCUGUAAUUUUGCUGAGGUCAAGAGAAUAAAUUACUCCAGUGAAAGAAAUGACAUAUUCGUAAAUAUCUUUUAUUUAUUAUUUUUUGUAAUCAGCAGUUUACAACCGAAUGUUUAGGGCAGAGUACACAGAACAAAAGAACCGACAUUAAGAGCUUAAACGUAAUCUUCACUAGAAUAAAGCUGGAAUACACACAGGCCUAAUAACAAGCAGAUCUUUCUAGAUGAACCUGAGCCAGGUAAAGUAAAGUACAUGAUUUAUGUUUGUAUCAGGAGAUAUUUAAGAAAGAAUAAUGUCACAAGCUUUACCACAGUUCAACUAAGGCUAAGAGGCGGAGCAACUUGUCCCGUUGUGUAAAGGAUACAAUUUUGUACACUAUAAAUGAAUGCUAUAUAAAUAUUUUAACCAAUAACUUGUACAUAUACUUACAUCACGGCUUUGCUUGGGGGGACACAUCAAUAUUAAGUCUUGCUGAAUGUGGACAAAUUACACAAUAUAGAUGUAUUAGCUAAUGAUUCAUUAUAUAUAUAUAUAAGUGAUAACUAGCAAAUGUACCAUUACAUCCUGAUUUUACUUCAUUAGGCACAUAAUAGCAACAAUGAUAAUAAGUUUAUUUACAUCGCUAAUAAUGUAUAUAAAUUUGUUGGAAAAUCAAAAAUACAAAAAAAGAGUCACAAAUGGAAUGAAUUUACUUUCCAGCCUAUAAUGUAGGUUAAGCUUAAUGUAAAAUGUAAACUGUAAAAGGA